AUGGUGAAUAGACAAGAAAAUAAAGAAAGUAUUACUAUUGUUUGGUUUGAUUCCAAUAUUCAUUUAUACAAUCAUGCAAAAAAUAUUAAUGAACAAUUACGUCAAAUAAAUGAUUAUAAUUUAUAUUAUAGUGAAAUUGAAUCUUGCAUAAACUAUAUUCAAUCGAUUGAUAAAGAGAAAAUUUUCUUGAUUACAUCGAGUAUAAAUGCCUCUCAAAUAUUGUCUCAGAUUAAUACACUUUCACAAAUACAUUUCAUCUUCAUAUUCGAUUUUGAUAAAGAGCAAAGCAAUGCAUUCAUUGUUGACGAUUUGAAAUUCAUUGGUCUCUAUACUAAAUUAGACAAUUUAUAUUUAUCAAUUCAAGAACAAAUUGAAUUUGACGAGGAAUUAUUUCAAACAUUCAGUUUCUUUGAUCAACAUGAAUAUUUAAUACAAGAUCUAUCGAAACAAACAUCCGAUUUAUUGUGGUUUCAACUUUUUAAUAAUAUUAUUUUAGAGUUAUCACAUGAUCAAUCAGCUAAGAAUGAAAUGAUCAAUUUAUAUCGUCAAUAUUAUCAAGAUAAUUUAAAAAACUUAAAAUUAAUUGAGAAAUUUGAACAUGAUUAUUGUUCAGACAAUGUUAUUCAAUGGUAUUUUAUAAGAGAACUUAUACAAAAUUUUGAAUGUCAAUAUCAAAACAGAAUUCAUUAUGAAAAAGAAAAAAGUCUGAUCGUUUAUCGAGGAAUUAAAUUAUCAAGAGAACAACUUGAAAAAUUCAAAGAAUAUGAAGGAAAACAUAUUUCAAUCAAUGGAUUCUUGGCGGCAACUCGAUUUCGAUUAAAAGCAUUGAAUUUUGCUAGAAAAUCAGUAAGACAAACAAAUUUCAUUGCUGCCAUUUUAGAAAUUGAAUGUAAUUCUGAAGAUUUUAACAAAAAUAUUAUCUUUACUGACAUAGAUAAAUCUAAUGAAGUUUCUUAUCAAGAUGAUAUUCUCUUCAAUUUAAAUGUUACAUUUAAUUUAAACAAUAUUGAACUUAAUGAAAACAUCUGGAUUAUUAAAAUGAAUAUUUCGAAUGAAGGAAAAACUAUUCUUAAAAAAUAUAUUGAAGAUACACGGCAUCAGAUUGAAAAUCUAAAUAUUGAAAUUGUAUUCGCACGUCUUAUGUUAGACAUGGGUCAAUGGGAUCAAUCACAAAAAUAUUUUGAACGUUUGUUAAACAAUCGAAAUUCUACAGAUCAAGCAUGGAUAGAACAUAGUCUUGGUGAAAUUCAUCAUUUGAAACGAGAAUUUAUUCUAGCACGUAAAUAUUAUAAUCGUGCUUACAAUUGA